UAGAUUAACUUCAUUCAUGUUUCCUCCAAUUCCAAGCAUAUUUCAAUAUUCAUGUGAUGGGAUUGUACCGUACCGUACCGUAUGAUUGAUACUACUGCUACCAGCCGUUACUUCAGUUAGUUCUAGAAUAACAAAAACACUUGUAGUCAGAAAUUAUAGAGUAAUAGCAGAGUAUAGCACUGUGUAGCUAUGGACAGCAACUCUGGCAGUGAUACAAACAAAUCAAUACGUCGCCAAAAGGCCACUACCAACGUGAGCACAGGAUCAGGUGAUCUUGCAGCUGUUGAGCGCACAGACUUGUUAGCAGUUGUGCCAUCGAAACCUGAUUCUUCUGUGAUCUCCAUUACCAGAUGUGACUCCGGCUAUACAGGCAGCACACGAACUAGCACUGUAUUUGAAGAUCCUCAAAAUGUUGAUAUGAUAUCUGAAGCCUUUCAGUUUCACGGGACAGUUGUUGAGAGUGUUGGACAAUCUGCCGGUAGUUCCCAGUAUGUAACUGCACUUACAUCGCUACACAUCUCUGAAGCUAGCUCAAUUGAUGAUGGCAGCCCUUCUCCGAGACCAUCCCUACCCGUUAGCCCUUCUCUGAGACCAUCCCUGCCAGUUAGCUCAAUUGAUGAUGGCAGCCUUUCUCCGAGACCAUCCCUACCCGUUAGCCCAGUUGAUGAUAUCGUCCCUGUCGCCCACUCUGCAAGUCAAAGCAUUCAACAACAUAAAGAUGUGGAAUCUAAAGAGGAACGUUCGGAGGUGGAUGGGCCAUUCCCUGGUAGAUCAAAAAGAGCACCUAAAUUGAGUAAGAUGGACAAAAGUCAAAGUGUUGAGUGUGCUACAACACAGUGCAGGCCACGCUUGAGAAGGGGAAGCCAAACUGUGCCUGUUUUUGAUAGUUCUAUGCUCCAAGAAGCUAUCACCAAGGUGCAAGCUUGUCGUCAAGAGCUAAAUGAAGACCAUGAACAAACUCUUAAACAAACAGUGAUGGACAAUGCGGUCGCUUUCAGAGACUCUAUUGACUUUAACGUUUUGCUCGCUCAUUUGUUCAAACACAAUUUGGUACACUCACUGGAGUGUGAGUUUUUUAUUAGCAAGGAACAUUCUCGUUUGGACAAAGCUAAUACAUUUCUCUUUGAGAUUCUGAACAGAAAGGGUCCCAGUGCUUACAGAAGUUUCUAUUAUUCUCUAAACCAAGAAAAGCAGCACAGAGGUCAUCAACACUUAGUAGAACUGAUGAAUUCAGCAUUACAUCAAUUAGCUGAGUAGGAAAUCUCAACACAAACAGUUGUUCUUGUCAUGUAUGAAUAUCAUUUAUACUAAUGAGGGUGUUUAUAACUAAUUUUAACUGUA